AUGGCCACCUCGAUCGACCUCCAGGAUGUCAAGGUUUUUGAAAACGAUGACGGCCCUCAGCUUGUGUCCCCACCGCCAAGAUCUCGACCCCCCCUCGUCUACAACUCGCCAGAGGCCUUUGCCCAGAGUUUCGCCGCAAGGUGGAGGAGCGUGUGGACGCGCAGGUUUCUCCUCUCGUUGCUUGCUGGACAAGUCGUCUCGCUAUGUAUCACAUGCACGAAUGUCACAACAACGGAACUUGUAAACAGAGGUUGGACUUUGUCGACGACCCAAGGGUUCUUUACGUACUUUGUUUUAUUCCUCAUCUAUACCCCCUACACGAUAUACCAAUACGGAUUCAAAGGAUGGGGCAAAGUUAUCGCACGCGAUGGCUGGAAAUAUAUCAUUCUGGCAGCAUCGGACGUCGAAGGGAAUUUUUUGGUGAUCAGGGCUUAUCAGUAUACGGACCUUUUGUCGUGCAUGCUACUUGACGCCUGGGCAAUCCCUGUUUGCAUGUUCUUCUGUUGGGUGUAUAUGCGAACAAAGUAUCACUGGACGCAACUUCUGGGUGUGUUUAUCUGCAUCGCGGGUCUAGGGCUUCUCGUUGCUUCUGACGAGAUAACCAAGAAAGACUGGACCGCCAUAGCAAGAGGAAAAGGGGAUGGGUUUAUGAUUGCAGGCGCAACCCUUUACGGCUUCACGAAUGCAACGGAAGAAUUCUUUGUUCGAAAACGUCCGCUUUACGAGGUUGUCGGCCAGCUUGGAAUGUGGGGAUUCAUUAUCAAUGGCAUUCAGGCGUCGGCGUUAGAAUGGAAAGAUAUGAAGCAAGUUCCAUGGACCGGAGAUAUCAUUGGUCUCUUGAUGGCAUUUACUUGCUCUAUGUUGAUCUUAUACACCGUCGCUCCGUUGUUGUACCGGAUGGCGUCGUCGGCGUACUUUAAUCUAAGCUUGCUCUCCAGUGACUUUUAUGGUCUUCUUUUUGGCUUGUUCUUAUUCCACUACCACCCGUACUGGUUGUACUUUGUCUCCUAUGCUGUUGUCAUCGUUGGAUUGAUCGCCUACUUUUGGUCAUCUGCACCGGAAGAGCAAGGAGUAUUGGACCCAAAGGCACCCGCAUACGUUGACAGGAAACAUGGAGGCACUGUUCCUGACGAGGAGGAAGAAAUUGGAGUCCCUACGUUAGACAGAGACGGGCUAGGGAGGGCUGAGUCAAGUUGA